AUGAGGCUUCUUUGGACGUUUGUUAUCAUGAUUGCGGCGCUACCUGCUGCUUUGCCCUGGGAAACGGAUCGCAUGCCACGUUUGUACGGUGACAAGAUUCCCACGAGAGUCUUAACGCCGAGUAAUAAAAAAGUUCAAAGGAAAAUAGUGCUUUACCACAACUUCUUUCGGACUCACGUAACUCCUACGGCUGCCAACAUGCUCGUUAUGAAAUGGCACACCGGAGCCGCUAAAGCUGCGCAAAGAUGGGCUGAGGCUUGCUAUGCACUCACACAUGACAAUGCUACUGGAUUGCAUAUCGACGCGUUUGGAAGCUGUGGACAAAAUAUAUUUAUUUCAACGGCUCAAGUUCCUUGGUUCUUUGCCAUUAAAACCUGGUACUUGGAGCACCAAAUUUUCAAGUACGGGCCUCAUGCUAAAAAUGACUUCAGCCAGGUUGGUCAUUACACGCAGAUGGUUUGGGCGCCAACUCAUCGCGUAGGCUGCGGAUGGGCCAAGUGUAAUGGAACUCGAGGACCCCGCGGGCAACCUUAUUUCAGCUAUGUCUGCAACUACUGUCCAGCGGGCAAUUAUCCAGAUCGUCUCGGUACGCCUUACAAGGCCGGAGCGCCUUGCAGCAGCUGCAAGGAGCAUUGCCGGGUCGGGAAACUCUGCAAGAAUUCCUGUCCCUGGGCCGACUUGUGGGCGAACUGUCGACAGCUCUAUGAGACGUGGCCGAAUUGGCUCUGCGAAAGCGACACCCAGCAAGGACACGAGCGCCGGCAAUUCUGUCGAGCCACUUGCAGAUGCCGGGACAAGAUUGUGUGAAUUAACAACCCGCAAUUCAGUUCAGUAA